GGGACCCAGUGCAGGAGGUGACUAGAGCGGUGGAGGCGGCGGCGGCGGCGGGAGCAGCGGUGGCGGCGAUCUCAGCCACAGCAGCCUUAGGCUCGAGCCCCGGCCCGGGCGGCGCAGCAGACAAUAACCGGGCUGGAAACCCGACCCGGCCGGACCCAACUGGGAUGCUUCCUGACUGAUGAUGUUAUAACAGUGCUUGGAAGCCAGAAGGCUGCUUUUUCAGCUGAACAUACCUGAGUUGUCCCCAUCACCAUGGAGAGUGGAAAGGAUGAAGCUUCUCAGACCAAGGGAGCAGUAGCCUCUAUGGACACCCAGGACCAAGGGGCAGAGAAAGGAGCCAAGAACAAGGCAGCUGAGAUAACAGAAGGGCUAGUGUCGGAGCCACCCUCAUCUGGCCCAGGUAGGCUGAGGAAAACUGCCAUGAAACUUUUUGGUGGCAAGAAGGGUAUCUGUACCUUGCCUAGUUUCUUUGGAGGGGGCCGAAGCAAAAGUUCUGGGAAAAGCAUCUCCAAGAAGGGUCUUAGCAAGAGCAAGACCCACGAUGGCCUGACUGAAGCAGCCUGUGGCCCUGAAGACAUUGUCAGUGAAGGAACCAGCUUUGCCUUACUCUUGCCCGAAUCGCCCUGCCAACUUCCCAGUUCCCAGAGUGCCCAUGGGGUUUUGGAGAGCAGCUCCAGAUGCAAGACAUCUGUGGCUAGAGCCACAGAGAAAGCUGGGGCUGAGAAGGCUCCCUCUGUGCCCAAGCCAAAGAAAGGCCUGAAAGGUUUUUUCAGCAGUAUCCGCCGUCACCGGAAAAGCAAGGUCUCUGGGGCUGAACAAAGUGAGCUAGGGCCCAAGGGGCCUGAAGGGACCAGAGCCAGGCCUCAUGAAUAUGUGAACUCAGCCAUUCUGCCCCAUAAUGAGGAUAUCCUCCAAGCCUCCAGAAAAGAAAAUGCCAAACCCCAAGAUGCUCCUGGGCCAAAAGUUUCUUUAGUACCAGAGCCUUCUCCAGUAGUCACUGAGAAGACAGCCUGUAAAGAUCCAGAAAAACCCAAGGAGGCCUAUGCCUCAGUACUUCUGCAGCCCAAGCCUGCCUCUGAAGCCAGUGGCCCAGAGGAGUCCCACAGUCCAGAAACAGGGGAGAAGGUGGUGGCAGAAGAGGUAAAUCCACCAAAUGGCCCUGUUGGGGACCAGCUAAGCCUCUUGUUUGGGGAUGUCACAUCCCUGAAAAGUUUUGACUCACUGACAGGUUGUGGUGACAUUAUAGCAGAGCAAGACAUGGACAGUAUGACAGACAGCAUGGCCUCUGGAGGCCAGAGGGCCAAUCGAGAUGGGACCAAACGAAGUUCCUGCCUGGUGACCUACCAAGGAGGUGGGGAGGAGAUGGCCUUGCCAGAUGAUGAUGAUGAGGAAGAGGAGGAGGAGGAGGUGGAAUUAGAGGAGGAAGAAGAGGAUGUCAAGGAGGAAGAAGAAUAUGACUUAGAAUAUCUGUGGGCAAGUGCCCAGAUGUACCCAAGGUCCAAUCUGAAUUUGGGCUACCAUCCCAUCACAUCUCCAGGCCACCAUGGCUAUAUGCUUCUUGACUCAGUUCAAUCUUAUCCUGGCUUAAACCCUGGGGACCUUUUGACUCCUCAGAGUGACCAGCAAGAGUCUGCCCCCAAUAGUGAUGAGGGUUAUUAUGAUUCCACAACACCUGGAUUUGAGGAUGAUUCAGGUGAGGCCUUGGGGCUUGUCCGGAGGGAUUGCCUGCCCCGAGACAGCUACAGUGGAGAUGCCCUGUAUGAGUUCUAUGAGCCAGAUGAUAGUCUUGAGACCUCCCCACCUGUAGAUGACUGUCUUUAUGACCUCCAUGGUCACAGCUCUGAGAUAUUUCAUCCCUUCUUGAACUUUGACCCCUUUUCUUCCUCUCGGCCACCUGGGGCAAUGGAGACAGAGGAAGAACGGCUAGUGACCAUCCAGAAACAGUUGUUGUUUUGGGAGCUUCGGCGAGAGCAGCUUGAGGCCCGAGAGGCGCAGGAGGCACGUGCCCGAGAAGCUCACAGCAGGGAGACCUAUACCCAAGAAACUCAUGCCCGAGAAAUUCAUGUCAGAGAGGCCCAAGCCCAAGAGGCCUAUGCCAGGGAAGCCCAGGCCCGAGAGGACCAUGCUCAAGAGGCUCAAGUCCGAGAGAUUCAGACUUGGCAAGAGAAGCCCAUCAUGGAAUAUCAGAUGAGGCCCUUAGGCCCAUCAGUGAUGGGCCUGGUAGCAGGGGUAUCAGGGGCCUCUCAGACUUCCCACCGGGGAACCACCUCAGCUUUCCCUGCCACUGCAAGCAGUGAGCCAGACUGGAGGGACUUCCGUCCUCUAGAGAAGCGUUUUGAGGGAAUCUGCUCCAAGAAGGAUCAAAGUACCUGUCUGAUGCAGCUCUUCCAAAGUGAUGCUAUGUUUGAGCCAGACAUGCAAGAAGCAAACUUUGGAGGAUCUCCCAGGAGGGCCUACCCUACUUAUUCACCCCCUGAGGAGCCAGAGGAAGAGGAGGUUGAGAAAGAAGGGAAUGCCACUGUGAGUUUCUCACAGGCCCUUGUGGAGUUCACCAGCAGCGGGAACCUCUUCUCCAGCAUGUCCUGCAGCUCUGACUCUGACUCAUCCUUCACUCAGAACCUCCCUGAACUGCCCCCUAUGGUGACUUUUGAUAUCGCUGAUGUGGAACGGGAUGGGGAAGGCAAGUGUGAAGAGAAUCCUGAGUUCCACAAUGAUGAAGACCUUGCAGCCUCCUUGGAAGCUUUUGAGCUGGGCUACUACCAGAAACACACAUUCAACAACUACCACAGCCGAUUCUACCAAGGUCUGCCCUGGGGUGUGAGCAGUCUCCCUCGCUACUUGGGAUUGCCUGGCAUGCACCCUCGGCCUCCACCUGCUGCUAUGGCCCUCAACAGGAGGAGUCGCUCCCUGGACACUGCGGAAACCUUGGAACUGGAGCUCUCCAAUUCCCACCUUGCCCAGGAAUACACAGUGUCUGGUGAGCUUCAGGCUCAGCAGGAAGAUUCAAAUGAAGAAGAGGAGGAGGAAGAAUGGGGCCGAGACAGUCCUUUGUCCCUUUAUACUGAACCACCAGGGGCCUAUGACUGGCCUGCCUGGGCUCCCUGUCCUCUUCCAGUGGGCCCAGGCCCUGCCUGGAUAAGUCCCAGCCAGUUGGAUGGGUCUUCUGGCCAGUCUCCAUAUGGGCAGACAGCCUGUUGCAUACCUCCUGUGGCCAUGUCAAUGUUGCUGUCAGUACCAGGUCCAGAGCCAAGGGUACCUGGGAUAUCCAGGCCUCAGUUAUCUCGGCCUUCACACCUACCCCUUCCCAUGGUCCCUUGUUAUAACCUGCAGCCACAGGCUUCUCAGAGUGUGAGGGCCAGGCCUCAAGAUAUGCUGCUGCCUGUUGAUGAGCCCAGUUGCUCCUCCAGUUUUGGAGGCUUCAGCCCCAGUCCUCUGUCCCAGGCCAAGCCUGUGGGCAUCACUCAUGGCAUCCCUCAGCUGCCCAGGGUCCAGCCUGAUCCCCAGCAGCCUCAACCCAUUCACUACAGGGCUUCCAGCCUUGACCUGUCAAAGGAGAUGGCUGAGCAAGGUGCCUCUCUCCCCCUCCCCACCAGCUACUCCUCCACUGCUGUGAAUGGAAAGCUAGCUGAGUAGUCAUCAUCUAUUCUGGAGUAGGGGCAUGGGGCCUGAGCAUGU